AUGGAAGGAGCUGGCUACAAGUUUAGUUCAACCACUGGAUUCGCCGAUUUUGCUGCCAAUGGAGCUGACACUACAAUCAUGGAUGUGCCUUUGAGAUAUCUGCUAGGCUUUGCCGAAGACUAUAGACAGAUUUUACUCAAUGUGAAACAAGAGCUGGUGUUGAGGGUCAGCCCCAACUUUCACGACUGUGUGAAUGUUGCUGCUACCAAUGUAGCAAUCACAAAGCUUUUGUGGAGAAUGCCUUAUGUGGAAGUGGCAGAUGAUGUGAAACUGCGUCUGCUACAGAUUGUACAGAACGACACACCCAUCAGUAUACCAUUUCGACAUUGGGAGUUGUAUACCUAUCCAACGUUACCGCAGACAAGAAAGCAUACAUGGACUGUCAAGUCGACAUCACAGCUUGAAAAGCCACGAUACAUUGUGGUUGGGCUACAGACUGCAAGACGAGGUGUGGCGGCAGCCAACAGUUCUCGCUUUGACAAGUGUAAUAUGAAGGAUGUUCGAGUGUUUUUAAACAACAGAUACUACCCAUAUGAGAGCAUUGAUGGUGAUGAUAAUCGCAUCUACAACAUGUAUGCAGCUUUCAAUGGAGUCUACAACCAUGGUAAUGCUCGUGCAAGCAACCCUCUGUUUGAAAAGAAUGCCAUUGGUGAUGGAAAAAUAAUGCUGUUUGCUUUUGAUUGCUCCCGCCAAAAUGAGUCACUCAAAACUGGAAGUAUCGAUGUGAGGAUUGAGUUUGAAGCAUCUGAAAACAUUCCAGGUAAUACAACUGCCUACUGUAUGAUGAUUCAUGAGAUGACUAAAGAGUAUCGGCCAAUGUCAGGCCUUGUACUAUCAGUAUAA